AUGAAGUGUCCAUGCAGCGAAGAGCUGAAGGAAGAAGAAGAAGGCAGCCAGAACAUUGGCGAAGCAUCAGCAUCAGUUACAUUGUCAUCCAAUUCAUUGAACCGGAAUUUAAACCAUUUGUAUAAGACAUUCCCCAAUUCAGCAAAAAAUGAACGUGGUAAAAAAUUGCGUUUGGAGAAAGCUUCUGCAAAGCGUGAACGACAAAAAAUGCGUCUGAAAUUACGUGAAAAACUUGGCGAAAAAGCAGUACCAAAAGAAGAGCCGCGAACGAUUGAGAAUACUCGUGAACAUGAUGUUACUGUGAUAGAAGAUGACGAUCUAGAAGUUCAACACGAUGAAGCAACUGAUGAGAUGAACGCAUAUUUUAGCGAUGAAAUACCACCGAAAAUUCUGAUAACUACUUCACCAUAUGCUAAAGUGAAUACAUUCAAGUUCUGCUACGAAUUGCAAAAAUGCAUUCCGAAUGCUGAUAUAUUUACUCGUAAAGGGAUUCCUUUGAAAAAAGUGGUGAAGCAAGCAAAAUCCAAGGAAUAUACUGAUUUGAUUGUAGUGCACGAAGAUCGGAAGACACCAAAUGGUAUUGUUCUCUGUCAUUUACCAGAUGGUCCAACUGCGUUCUUCAAAAUUAAUAGUUUAACCUUUACAAAGAAUCUCAAGAAAAAAGGCGAGUCCACCACGCAUUAUCCAGAAUUGAUAUUAAAAAAUUUCAAUACCAGACUUGGACAUACGAUUGCGCGAAUGUUUGCAUGUCUUUUUCCACAAAAGCCCAUGUAUUCUGGGCGACGAGUGGUUACUUUUCACAACCAACGCGACUACAUAUUUUUUAGGCAUCACAGGUAUGAGUUCAAAAGAGAAGGUGAAAAAGCGGCAUUGCUCGAACUCGGGCCUCGCUUCACUUUACGGCUGAAAUGGCUGCAGAAGGGAACAUUUAAUAGUCGAUAUGGUGAAUAUGAAUGGGUCUUAAAGAGGCAUGAAAUGGAAACUAGUCGAAGGCGGUUCUUUUUGUGA